CUCAGGACUCAGGUCAGACUCAGUCCCUCUUCUCUAUUCGAAGCCCUCCCCACUGCCCCGCUCCCACAGCCGCCGCCAACUCCUCCAUCUCUUCCACUCUGCCACUCACCGGACGAAGAAAGAUAAGACAGAAGAUCACCCGCCCAACUUCCUUUCGCGGAGAACAAGCUUCUCAUCUGCCGGAAAACCUAAAAGUAAAAUCUUUCCGCUACUUGAGUGAGACGUUGCAAUUGUUGCCCGGGAGCUUGGUUUCCCUCCGGUGAACUGCUGCUUCCUUUUCUCUCUUCAGAUGGAGGCCAAAUUCUUUCGCUUUCUGAAGAUUGUCGGCGUGGGUUACAAAGCAAGAGCUGAAUCGGAAGGGCGGCUGUUGUUUCUCAAGUUGGGUUACAGCCAUGAAGUGGAGCUCACUGUGCCCCCGGCUGUUCGUGUUUUCUGCUUCAAGAACAAUGUGGUCUGCUGCACUGGGAUCGACAAGCAGAGGGUGCACCAAUUUGCUGCAGCGGUGCGUAGCUGCAAACCUCCAGAAGUUUACAAAGGGAAAGGCAUCAUGUACACUGAUGAAGUGAUCAAGAAGAAGCAGGGCAAGAAAUCCAAAUAAAUGAGGGCAGAGAUGCAGUAGAGGAGAUUCGCGGCACUAGUAAGUGUUGGUCAUUCACUUAACUUUUCUUCAGCAGCAGCUCAACUCUCAAUUGAGUUUGGUUUGAUUUCUUAGUUGAAACUUUCAACUGUCGAAGGGGCAUUUUGAACUAGCUUUUAAGGGAACGGAAUAGCUGAAUCAACUUUUCUGCACAUGUUUGCUUGGUCCAUUUUGCUGCUUAUGAAGUCAAUAAUCUCAUUAGAUGGCUCAAAA